AAGGGCUGAGAAGAGCAGACACAGCAGCGAGAGGAAGCUUCUUCGACUGCGACGGUGCGUGAAUUUCAUGCUCCGGCGACGUUACUUUUGACGCAAUUACUUGCCUUUUACGCAUUUACUUUGUUCUGACUUCUGACCUAAGUUUUUUUCCCCUUUGACCGUACAAAUUUUGCUUCUUUCUUCGUUUUUCUCUGUGUCUCUCAUUAGUCACCAUUUUCGUGUUCUCUGCUUUGUAACACUUUCGGGUUUAGCUACUGAAAGUAAGAAAAGCGAGAUAACGCAUUAAAGCUUUUGAAGAGAACAAGAUGUUGCCUAGGAAUGCUACUGAUAAGAUACAAGGAAAUGUGAGCAAGCCUUGCUUUUGGAAGUCUCUGUCUCCAGGACAAAACUGGAAAUCUAAAUCCAUGAGGAGUUUUCCGGAAGAGUUUGUGAAAAGCACGCCCGGGGCUUUUGAGCACAGAGUUGUGUUCAGUGUUCGUUGGGGCAAUUCUUGGCAACUCUGGCUGGAGCGAGAAGAAAAAGAUCUGUUUAUGAUAGAAGAAGAUUGGGAUGAGUUUGUGGAUGACAACCAUUUAGGCCCAAAUGAUAACGUGUUCUUCAGACACGAUGACAAGAUGUUUCUUGAAGUGCAAAUCUUUAAGAAUGAUGGGAACGAGAUCAUCGAUGCACCUCCUGAAGUUGAACCUGAAACUGAACCAUUUCAUCCUACUACACCAAAAAAUUCUCACAAGGAGACAACCACUGCCUCUGCCUCUGCUUCUGCUUCUGAAUUUUCAGACAAUUGGCGAGAGACACAUGGUUGUGCUGAUAUCAAAAACCCUGAGCUGUACCUUCUAAACCCCAAAAACCCUUACUUUGUGAAAACGCUGACAAAAGGGAAUGACGUUUUGUAUGUGCCCAAAACAGUGAUUAAGAAGUAUGGCUUGAAGUUUGGUCCCCAUUUGUCCCCCAUGCAUUACCUUCUUCCCGGAGAUAAAAUAAAUGGCUCCACUAAGAUCUAUGGCGGUGGCAGUGCCCCUUGUUUCAAUGGCUGGGUGGACCUAUGUCGAAAGUACAAUCUGAAAACCGGAGACUCUAUGGUUUGUGAACUUGAACGCUCUGGAGAACUGGUUACUGCUGUUAGAGUGCACUUCAUCAAUAAAACAUGAGAUGAGUCCUCUCUAGUCUCUUUUCUUUAACAUUCGUGUUUACCAAACUUACUAUUGUAAUGUUUAUAUGUGACCCUUAUGUUGCUUUAACAAAACUUAAAUGCUAAAUUUCUUAUGCUUCUGUUACUUCAUUGGAAAUGCUCGAUUGUGAUUCAGUCUUAUAUGCUCGUGAGAAGUAAAAUAUGCAUACAACUUUAUUGUAA